AUGGCUAUGGUCAACUUUGUCGAAUUUGCUGCAGAGGCCUCCCGUGGUGUGGUUCUCGCCACACUCUUUUUGUAUGCAAAGUCACUCGGUGGCACGUUAGGUUACAUGGGAUUACUUACGUCUCUCUUUUCAGUUGGACGCCUUAUUUCGUCAAUGCUGUUUGGAUGGAUGUGCGACCACUACUCCUUUCGCUCUGUCUACAUUGCAUCAUCCAGCUUUUGUCUAUUUGGCAAUGUAAUGUUUUUGCUGGCCGAGGGUCGCGCGGCUGGAGGCUUGAUUGUGCUUUCAGCAAGUCGCUUCAUUGUAGGGUUUGGAGCUGGCAACCGCAGCGUCUGCCGCGCAGAUGUGGCUGCCAUGACGACAGUCGGACAGCGAUUGCAGUACAUGACAAUUUUGUCCACAGUUGAGUUCUUGGCCUACGCACUUACACCAGGACUUGGAAGUUUAGUGGCCAGCAUUGAUACAUUCGUCUUUGGUAUUCAUAUGAAUCAAUUUACAGCACCGGGUGCCAUUUUAGUUAUGCUCAACGUCAUAUCCAUCUUUGGAUUGCUUUUCGGAUACGAUACGUCUGUGACUUCUACUGACGGUCCACAGAAUUCAGAGGCUAAAGUCCAAACCAGUCGCGACCAAGUGAGCCUGCCCGAUCGUGUCGUCUACAUUGGUGCGAUUGUAUAUAUAUUUUUAAAUUUUAACGCGAGGGGAAUGCUAUCCGUAUUCGAGACAGUAAACAUUCCACUUUUUCUCGACGUCACUGGAAAGGAUCCGAGCACAGUAGGCGCUGUUGUAGACGCGUCCAACUUUCAGUUUUAUCUGGGUUUACUUGGACUAGUUUCAUAUUUUUCAAUUGAAUACUUUCGCAACAGUAUCUCCGACGUGAUGUGGGUAUUACUGGGUUUUCUUUCACUACUUGCUGGCAACGUAAUUCUAGCAGUGGUGCCGGUUGCAAACCUGUCGCUCGGCCUUCUUGGCGUUGCAGAGAUGUUGGUGUGGAGUAUAGGUUGUCCUAUCACGACUGCGGUAGGUGUGGCCGCCUUCUCAAAGCUUUUAGGAGGGCGUCCGCAGGGUACGCUCAUGGGGUUAUUUGGCUCGGCCGCUUCGGCCUCGCGCAUUAUAUUGCCUCUCAUCCUAGGUACCAUCUCGGAGCUGACGCCAGUAUUCUGGGUUAACAUUUCGCUAAGUGUAUUGAGCGUUGUGGUCUUGUGGUGGUUUAAUCACCUUGUUAAACAAUCAAAGAUGGACUUGUUGUCGGUCGGCAGUGAAAUUGUGCAUCCACCCAGCGGUGUUGUCACUAAGGACUGGGCUUAA